ACUUUCUCAGCUCAACAACUUUGUUAAUAUAAUCAUAAUUAUACACAAAGAUUCUACGAUUAAUUAAAAUACUACUAAAACAAAAGGCAAAAGAAAAUCUUCCGUGUAAGGUUAUAGAAGAUUCUCACCUUUCCCUUUUAUAUUUAUAUAUAUAUUUAUGUAUUUGUAUAUACAGUAUGUAUUUUUGUAUACAAUUAUACUCCGUAGUUCCAAUGUACGCAAUGAUUACGGGAGUAUACGUAUCAUGAAUUCGGACAUUUGUAUUUUGUUGCUGAUCUGUUGAUUCAUUGAGUUUGCUGGCUGGCUGCUUCUGCAGGGUUCUUUCUAACUGCAUGCUUAUUGUUGAUACUGAGAAAUGAAGAUGGCAACAGAGCUUGUUAAUUCUGCUACAAGUGACAAACUUACAGAAACAGAUUGGAUAAAAAACAUUGAGAUUUGUGAAUUAGUUGCUCGUGAUAACAGGCAAGCUAAAGAUGUUGUUAAAGCUAUAAAAAAGCACUUGGGAAGUAAAAAUCCAACAGCUCAGCUAUUUUCAGUAACAUUGCUGGAGAUGCUACUGAACAAUAUAGGAGAUUCUGUUCACAAGCAGGUUGUAGAGACUGGAAUUCUCCCAGUUCUUGUAAAGAUAGUAAAGAAAAAGUCAGAUAUACCUGUAAGAGAGAAAAUAUUUCUUCUUCUAGAUGCUGCACAGACAUCUGUUGGUGGGGCUUCUGGGAGGUAUCCUCAGUACUAUUCUGCAUACUACGAGUUGGUGAAUGCAGGAGCAAAAUUUCCUCAAAGACCUCAUGUCAUUCCAAAAGAGCAUCCAAUAUCUUCCAAUGAUAAUAAGAAUAACCCUUGUGUCGGUGAGUUGGCCACUUCUCACUGCGGAAAGAAUGCACAGCAACCAGAGACUGAAAAAGUUCCAGAUUCUAGUAUUCUGAAGAAAGCCAGUGCUGCACUUGAAGUCUUAAGGGAAGUCAUUGAUGCUGUUGAUAUUCAACAUCCUGAGGGAGCAAGGGAUGAGUUCACACUUGAUCUUGUGGAACAAUGUUCAUUUCAGAAGCAAAGAGUUAUGCAUCUUGCAAUGACUUCUCGGGAUGAUGGUGUUGUUUCUAAAGCAAUCGAACUUAUUGAGCAGCUUGAUAGAGUUCUUUCAAGGCAUGAUGCACUUGUAGCUGGUAGACCAAUGUCAAUUUCAAUUCCUGCUGACCAUGAGCAAUCAGAGGAGGAGGAGGAGGAGGCCGAGCAGCUUUUUAGAAGAAUGCGAAAAGGAAAAGCUCGUAUACAACCUGAAGAUGAAGACUGCCACAUAGAUAGACCUAUGGGAUUGCUUGGAUCAUCUGUUCCUGGAAAUAUGCUUCACCGUCCACUCAUAAGGCCAGUGUCUUUAGAGCAUAAACAAGAAAAUGAUAUGGGGAAGACAGCUAUUACAAUUCCACCACCGCCUGCUAAGCAUGCUGAGAGGGAGAAAUUCUUUCAGGAAAUCAAAUUGGACGGCUCUACUCUAACAAGGCACGUGAGGGGCCUUUCCUUGCACAGUCGCAAUGCCAGCAGCUCCGGAAGUGGCAGCAUAGAUUUUAGUAACUGAGUGCUUCAAAUUAUGGAUUUAUGUGAUUCUGAUUAGAUGCUGGAUGGAGGGUAGAGGGAUUGGCGAUUGGAACAUUAUCCAAUAUGGAGUUAGAUUAAAAUUGUGCCUAUAGCUAAACAUCUUUUCAAUAAUUUUUUUUUCUUUCUUUUUGGGCUUGUGGGUCGGCAUUGUAAAUUGAAAUAGGCUUCCCAACUGGUUUGAAGGAGAUUGAAGAGAGGAUGUGGAGUAGUGUUUGCUUUUGCCAUGAUUUUGACCUCCUUAAAUUGUGUUGUGUUGGGCUGUUGGCUUUCUGAACCUUGUGUCUUUCAACUGCUUUUUCUGAGGUUG